AGGGACAGUAUAGAGAGAGGGAGAGGAGAGGGAGGUUCCGCGAUCUGUCGUCGUUGUCUGUGUGUAGCUGCCGUGUUUCCUUUUGCCGAUAUUACAUCAUUUUUACCAUUCAAAGAAAAGGGCCACUUUAUUUUUUUUAAUAGCUCUGACUAGUUUUCACACGCGACACUAUCCGGAACCCUUUAAUUCUCAUCGACGUUUGGUAUUUAUUUCUCCUGCAAGUCUUUCAGGCGAUGGCAAUGAUGGCAAGUGCGCUGGCGUCUUGUAUUCGUGAGUACGAAUUCCGAUUGUCCGACGUUUGUAAACAAUAGUGCGUAAACCUCUCCGUACGACUCGACGUGAAAUCGCUUCUUUUUUCGCGUACGCUUUAUGGUGUUUGUUGUCAGCCUCUGUAAUCGAGCAAUACAUACAGGCUAAGCACAACUGUAUCUUUCCUUUAAAAUAACAACUUGUUUCAAUAAUUUCGAAACAUUCGACUGUUAUUCAUUUAUCCGAAUAUUAAAAGCAAUCGUUUGGCGAGAUCCGUCUCGCACAUGUCGAAUCGCGACGCACGCAAUAUUAAUCGUACAAGAGCAAUUUCACGACACUUGACAGUUGAAGUUUUUUCUUAAGCUGGCGUAUUAAACGACCAUAAGCACCUGCGUGUGAGCAAUUGAAAUACAUUUAUAUACCUGUGGUCUUACGAGCAACCCCCCGCUUUACACGCGCGCGCGCGCACGCACGCACAUAUAUAUGCACACGUUGGCUAUAUCAAGCAUCCCUCAAGGACCAUCUCCACAGACCAUCCAAACACGCAGUGGAAGAAUGGCCUUCACGCUUGUUCUAUUGAUUCUUCUCUGGUCUUUUCCUCUCACCGCGGUCUCACGCAAUACGACGGCAGGUUGUGCUAUCAUUCGUCCGCCACGGGAUGGAGGAAUAAGAUACAGGGGUCUGACCCAAGAGCAGAUCCGUAGCGUGCAGGUGUUGCCGAUAGAUUAUGAAAUCGAGUACAUCUGCAGAGGGAACAGAAUCAUUGUGGGGCCGAAGGUCAGAAAGUGUCUCCCGGACGGCACCUGGACUGAUCUCAACCAGCGCAGCAGAUGCCUACUCCCGUGUGCGAGGGUGUGGACAUCUCUGGAAAACGGGCGAGUAACUGUGCAUCCGCCCGGCCCGGCGGUGGAGGGCACCAUACUGCACUACAGCUGUCUGGAGGGCUUCAUCCUGGUGGGCAGAAAUAGUACGCAGUGCAAUAAACUCGGCAAGUGGGACUCGCCCAAACCUGUGUGCCACUAUGACAGACAUUACACAGGCAAGAAAAAACUCUACAUCGGAGCCCUGUUCCCUAUGAGUGGCGGAUGGCCGGGCGGGCAAGCAUGUCUUCCUGCUGCCCAAAUGGCCCUGGAUCUGGUGAACAAGAGAACGGAUAUUCUCCCGGAUUAUGAGCUUGAAUUAAUCCACUACGACAGUAUGUGUGACCCAGGAGAGGCCACUAAGCUUCUGUAUGACCUUCUGUACACGGAGCCCAUAAAGAUCGUCCUGAUGCCGGGCUGCAGCUCUGUGUCCACGCUGGUGGCCGAAGCCGCUCGCAUGUGGAAUCUCAUAGUGUUGUCCUACGGCUCCAGCUCUCCAGCGCUCUCCAACCGACAGCGAUUUCCCACAUUCUUCCGAACGCACCCCUCCGCCACGCUGCAUAACCCCACCCGCGUACAGCUCUUCCAGAAGUGGAGCUGGACCAAGAUCGCCACCAUCCAGCAAACCACAGAGGUCUUCACUUCGACGCUGGAUGAUCUGGAACAGAGGGUGAAGGAGGCCGGCAUCGAGAUCAGCGUUAGGCAGAGCUUCCUCACGGAUCCCGCCGUGGCCGUCAAAAACCUCAAGCGGCAAGACGCUCGCAUCAUUGUGGGUCUGUUUUACGAAACGGAAGCCAGGAAAGUGUUCUGCGAGGUCUAUAAGGAGAAGCUGUAUGGGAAAAAGUAUGUGUGGUUUUUGAUUGGCUGGUACGCCGACAACUGGUUCAAGAUCAAAGAUCCAUCCAUCAACUGCACCGUGGAGCAGAUGACUGAAGCCGUGGAGGGACAUGUUACCACGGAGAUUGUGAUGCUCAAUCCAGAAACAGUUCGAGGGGCCUCUAACUUGACCUCACAGGAGUUUCUAGCCCAGCUGAUGUCCAAGCUGGGUGGGAAAAAUCCUGAGGAAACCGGAGGUUUCCAGGAAGCUCCCUUGGCGUAUGAUGCUGUUUGGGCCCUUGCUCUUGCUCUCAAUAAGACGGUGGGACCCUUGAAAUCAAAGGGUAGACGGUUGGAAGACUUUAAUUACAAUAACAAGGACAUUACGGCAGAGAUCUACAGAGCCCUCAACACCAGCUCCUUCGAGGGAGUGUCGGGUCAUGUGGUGUUUGACGCGCAGGGCUCCAGAAUGGCCUGGACCCUCAUUGAGCAACUGCAAGGAGGAAGCUACAAGAAGAUUGGAUACUACGAUAUGACCAAAGGCAAUCUCUCCUGGUACGGGAAUGACAGGUGGAUAGGCUCUGGUCCACCUGCAGAUCAAACAGUGGUCAUACAGAAGUUCAGAUACCUGUCACAAAAACUCUUUGUCUCAGUGUCUGUAUUUGCUGGCUUGGGGAUUUUAAUGGGGAUCGUUUGUCUCACCUUCAACAUUUACAAUAGUAAUGUCAGGUAUAUACAAAACUCUCAGCCCUAUCUGAAUAACAUGACUGCGGUGGGCUGUAUGAUGGCACUGGCAGCUGUUUUUCCUCUGGGAAUCGAUGGACUCCAUGUACGAAACUCUCAGUUUCCUGUGGUCUGUCAGUUCCGUUUGUGGCUGCUCGGACUCGGCUUCAGUUUGGCUUACGGCAGCAUGUUCACAAAGAUCUGGUGGGUCCACACUGUGUUCACAAAGAAAGAUGAAAAGAAAGACAAGAGGAAGCAACACCUGGAACCCUGGAAGCUCAAUGCCACCGUCGGGGUUCUGCUGGUUAUUGACAUCCUGUCCCUCAUGAUUUGGCAGAUCAUGGAUCCCCUGCACAUCACUGUGGAGAAGUUCACUAAAGAAGCACCUAAAGGGGACGUGGAUGAGUUGAUUGAACCCUUGCUGCAGCACUGCAGUUCAGAGAAGAUGAACACAUGGCUCGGAGUUGUGUAUGGCUAUAAGGGCUUGCUGCUGCUUCUGGGUAUUUUCCUGGCGUACGAAACCAAAUCUGUGUCCACGGAAAAAAUAAACGACCACCGCGCCGUCGGAAUGGCCAUCUACAACGUCUCGGUGUUGUGCAUGAUCACCGCUCCAGUCACGAUGAUCCUGUCGUCCAAACAGGACGCCUCAUUCGCCUUUGCCUCGCUGGCCAUAAUCUUCUCCGUCUACAUCACGCUAGUUGUGCUUUUCGUCCCCAAGAUGAGGAGACUGAUCACUCGUGGUGAAUGGCAGUCAGACCAGCAGGAAACCAUGAAGACCGGCUCAUCCACAAACAACAACGAUGAAGAGAAAUCCCGUCAGCUGGAGAGAGAAAACAAGGAGCUGCAGAAGAUCAUCCAAGAGAAAGAGGAACGAGUAUCGGAGCUCCGAAACCAGCUGUCAGAAAGACAGGCCCUGCGCUCCAGGAGACGUCCGUCAUCGGCCAAUCAGAACCACAGCUCACCUCAUCUUCCAACAACUCAGAAAGAUCCCAAAUCCCUGCUCCCCCCGCCGGGAUACCCCCUUCCUGCUUCUGACAACCACUCCCUCCCUCCCACCUUCUCAAACUCAUCCGUCCUGUACCAGCCCGACGGCAAGAUAAACCGCAACAACUGUCACCCCAGCCGACUGCAGCUCCUUUACAAGUGAGCCCGGGGAUAUCAAGAGGAACCCGAGCGGGGCUAAGCCAAGUGCUAACGUGGAGACGCUACUUUACACAAAAGCUGCCCUUUUUUACCCAACGGACUGCUUUUGUUUCUUUGUUCGUUUUGUUUUCGGCACGGGAGGUUAUGUUGUUGAUUAGUCUUGAGAAUCUGUUGUCGCUUGCAUCAUCCGAUGUGUCACCACGUUUGAAAGCCACACAUGCCGUGAGAACCGCUAGAUCCAUCAAAUGACUAAUCCUCAGCUGUUUCGACUACGAGGAAUGACUUGCAAAAAAGGUCCUCACAGCACCGGUUUAAAUAAUAGUGGAUUUUAAUGGUCCAAACAAGGGUUAAAAUCAACUUUUAUAGGUAAAUAAAGCUCAUUACUUCUUCCCAGCAGCUAGUAACCUUUGUCGUCAUCUGAACUUUGAGGUAGAUGACCUCAUGAUACAAAGCAAAGACAUAAACCAUCUACUAAAGAAAACGUGUACUCACUUCUACAUCUUGUAAAAACAUGGACGUUUAUCAUCUGAAGUUUAUGUAGGAUGCCAGAAGUCCCAUGCAAUGGUACAUAAACCAUCCAAACAACGUUAAGAACCAAAAUCUCUCAGUCUUGAUGCAGUAUUAAUGUGAGAUGGAGACCAGCUCAUGUUGACUGACACAGUUUUUUUUGUCGCAAAUAUAACAGUGAUUCAUUUCCUCAUUCACUCACGAAAAGUUUAAGACUGUGCCAAUAUAAUCAUACAUUGCAAAUCAAAUUUCGAUUUGACUUUAUUGAUACUUUUCACUGCAACUUUUGAUCUAUUCAUGUGUGCAUUCCUAUUCACAAGAUUUUAAUAAAAAACAAGUAGAAACGCUGGAGUCUUUGUAACUCAGCGCCGUAUUCCCUGCUUUUCUGAGUCUCAGCGCUCUACAAAAGUGAACCAAACCACAUGCAAUCGCACUCUUACGCGCCAGUUGUGAGACAGUCGCCGAUAACCAACUUUAGUUCAUUUACAGGACAAGCUGGUUGGUUUUAUAAAAAGUGACUUAAAGUGAAAGUUUAUAUUUUAUCAUUGUGUUUCCCUAAGAAUCCAACCCUUGACCUUGGCGUUGCAAGUGUCACGCUCGAGUUGAACUUGCUAGGACUGAUUUUUCCUUUCUUUCAUACAAUACGUGUCCUGUUAUAUCCUAUGGGUAAUCUACAGUUGUUGCAAUGUCACCAUGACAUCAUCCGCAUUAGCUGCCUGACGUGCAGCUGACAUUGUUGCAUACAUCGCUGUGACAAACCUAGUUUAUAAUCUCCUUCCUGUUUUAUCAACCCAUUGCCCUGUUUUGAACUCACGUCUCACUUCCCUAGGGAUCAUGGAUUCUCUUAUGUAUUUAUUUGGUGCUCAUGGCUUACAGCAUGACUGUGUGUUAAAGGGAUACUUCCCCCAAAAGUGAAAAUGCUGUCAUCAUUUACUCACCUUCGAGUUGUUCCAAAUGUGUAUAAAUCUCUUUGUUCUGAUGAACACGGAGAAAGAUAUUUGGAAGAAUGCUUAUAACCAGACAGAUUUUGCCCCCCAUUGACUCCCACAGUAUAGAAAAAAUUACAAUGGUAGUCAAAAGUGCCCCAGAACUGUUUGCUGUUCUACAGUCAUCAAAAUGUCUUCUUUUCUGUUCAACAGAACAAAAAAAAAAUCAUUAAGUAAUUUUUCCUACAAUGGGAGUCAAUGUGGAGCAAGGUCUGUUUGGUUAUAAGCAUUCUAACGAAAUAGAGUUAUUUAUUCCAUUAAAAGACGCAGGUGCAAUAAGACACAUUACUCAAGCACUCUUCCAUCACAGCACACACAUCCAAACACAAAUGUUCUCAUCAGAUGCUUUAUAUGGUCAUCAUCACACAUCACUUCCUUUUGUUGCUGCAAACUCUCAGUUACGUUACCCUUCCAUGUUUGCUUAAAAGUCCCAACUAUGGUGGAGUAUGUGGUUUCUGAAUUGAGUCAAGGGAAACUCUUCACAUUCUGUCAUGAAACAAUCACUUUAAUACCCACCUCCUGUUUGUUUUGUUUUGUCUGUGUUCAAUGUCAUAUUGAAAACUUUUGUCUCUAUGGGUUUAACUUGGGAUCCUCAAAAGGUGUACAGACGUUUCUUUGUUUCAGUUGGACUGUUAUUUGUUUCACCUGCCUUUAUUAAGUCAAUCGAAAAGAUAAAAAAUCCCAACACGGGGAAAAUGAGAGUAUCAUCGGUCUAUUCAUAAGUGCUUAUGACAUUGCACCAUUUCGCAUUAUUGUAGUGGAUAUUAUAUUACCUCACUGCCACUGGUUAUUUUUAUUAAGGAAACACAUAUGCUUGGAAUAGCAUACUACGCUUAACAUCUUUGCAGUAUGUGUUACGUAUACUGUAUAUAUACUGUAGUAUGCACUGGGUACUUUACAUUGUGCUCAGUUGAAUGUUCCAGUUAACUUGAAGAAAUUUGAUCUCUUAUUUAUCUAAAGUCCCCGUGAACCAGAAGUUGCGAUCGUUUUUACUUCCGUAUUUUGACGCAUUUCCGAGUGAAAUGGAAUUUCGAAUGACAAAAAAUAGUGGGCGUGUCUGUCGUCUUUCUCUGCGAUUUGAUUGGAUGUAUAAAACAGCCAUUGCAUUUUGAAAUGGAACUGGCAGCAGACUGACAGUUGAAGGGGAGGAGUUAACGGACGCUCCGCCCAAGCCAUCUAACAUACGUCAUUUAAGAUGGAUAGUCACUACAGGAUGGAAGUGCAUUUUCAGAUUUUAAAUUAAGUUUAUGAGGGCACAUAAUGUGUGUUUAAAAUAAAUUAAAAAAAAGAGAAUGACCCGCAUUGAUACAGUAUUUAAAAUAAACGCUGCAAUAUUUCAUGAAAAAAUAGGCAUUGUCAUUUUUUAUUUCACUGGGACUUUAAAUAUAAGACACUAAUAACAUUUUUUUCCCCAAUUUCAAUUAUUUGAAAGGACUGCCAGUGACACAUUUGUACUCAAACUGGGUUUAAAAGUGCACAAAACCAUUUACACCAUUUGCUAAAUUAAGCAUGCAAUGCAAUAAGGUCACAUGACAUCAGUACAGUAUUAAAAUGUUUAGUGUGGGAUAAUGCAUACUCUUUACACAUGCAGCAUGCAGUACACUAGUAUUACAUUCUGAACAUAAACAGCUAUUAAACUGCAGUAUGAUGUCAUUGACUUUGUGUCAUAUAAGCACUUGUGAUUGGUUGAAUGGUGCUCCUGUGAUUUCCAUAAACGCUGACACUAGAAGACUCUCAGGAGUCUUUGGGGUGACCAACCCCAACAAGUAAUUUUACUGUAAUAACAUUUUAUUGGUGAUUUUUCGUCAAAUGGUGGUGCGAUAAUAAUCAUGAUAGUGAUGCCCAUGCAGACGAUAUGCACAAUUGUUAAUUGUGUAAAUGCUAAAUGUACAUGAUAAAUGUAUUCUCUUGCACAUAAAGUAUAAAAUAAAUCUACAGUCAAAGGUAUUCGUAUGUGGUAUUGAAAAUAUAUUUGUAUUUGUACUACGAUAGAUUCUGUACAACACAAUUGGACUGGUGUCUAUGGUGAAAUAAAGACUAUUGUUUUGCUACAAUUUUUAAAACUG